CUAUUAGCCUCUGUUUGUGCUCUUUAUAUAAGCGAUGCUGAACUAUAAAGCGAGCACUGCACAGACGGCCGGCAAGGCCACCGGCCGGUGCCAAAAAGCCGUGCCGCAUGUGCCCAUCAGUAAGGGUAGCCUUCGUUCCUGCAGCGCGGCACCUUUUAGCGGCAUCAACAUUAAGGCGGCAUCGGCAGCAUCUGCAUGGGGAUUUCGUAGCAAUGGCCGUGUGCCUUGCCGCGUUGCCGCAAGCACUGCGCCAGCGGAGGACUUCCGCAAGCGCGACCCCAAGGACGUGCGCGUGUUAGUGGUGGGCCCCACAGGUUACAUCGGCAAGUUCGUGGUGAAGGAGCUUGUGAAGCGUGGCUACAAUGUCGUGGCCUUUGCACGCGAGCAGGCUGGUAUUAAGGGCAAGAUGAACAAGGAAGAUACCAUGAAGGAAUUUCCAGGGGCUGAAGUGCGGUUCGGCUCUGUGCUGGAUCACGACUCGUUGCGGAAGGUGGCGUUCAGGGAACCGGUGGAUGUGGUGGUCAGCUGCUUGGCGAGCCGUACCGGGGGCAAGAAGGACUCCUGGUUGAUCGACUACACGGCCACCAAGAACACGCUCGAUGUGGCGAGGGAGUCGGGCUCGAAACACUUUGUGCUGCUGUCCGCGAUUUGCGUCCAGAGACCACUACUGGAGUUCCAGCGUGCCAAGCUCAAGUUCGAGGCGGAUCUGCAGGCCGCCGGCGACAUCACCUAUUCGAUUGUGCGGCCGACCGCGUUUUUCAAGAGUAUCGCCGGUCAGAUUGACAUUGUGAAGAAGGGCAAUCCGUACGUCAUGUUUGGCGAUGGCAACCUGGCGGCGUGCAAACCCAUCAGCGAGGCUGACCUGGCGUCCUUCAUUGCAGAUUGCGUGACGGAGGAGGACAAGGUUAACAAGGUCCUGCCAAUCGGCGGCCCGAGUCGCGCCUACACCGCCAAGCAGCAGGCCGACCUGCUGUUCCAGAUCACCGGCCUGCCACCCAAGUACUUCCCAGUGCCAGUGGCGCUCAUGGACGGCAUGAUCUCCAUCUUUGAUGCUCUGGCGCGGCUGUUCCCAUCUCUGGAGGACACGGCUGAGUUUGCUCGCAUCGGCAAGUAUUAUGCAACGGAGUCGAUGCUCGUCUGGGACGAGCAGCGCGGGGUGUAUUUGGAGGAGGCUACCCCUGGGUACGGCAAGGAGACGCUGGAGGAGUUUUUCUCACGAGCUGUCAAGGAGGGGCUCAAGGGCCAGGAGCUGGGAGACCAGGCCGUCUUUGGUCAGCAAUGAAAAAACUGCGUGAGACCCAAGACGAUUUCUUUGUCUUACUGGAUUGCUAGCGGGUGAACACCCGGCCGCAGCGGCGGUUAAGGUUGCGGGCCGCUUGAGACUCCCAGACGCUGGUUGGCGCAGGCCAUCUCAGUAGGGAGCCUGGGAUGGCUUGUUGGAGGAUUGUUGCAAUCUAGCUGAGGGUUGAGCGUUUGAGCGUCGGCUGUGAUUACCGGUAAUGAAGGCUGGGAGGGUACGGCCGAGGAGGCUGGUUAAUCACCUUGUUUUGCGCAUGACGUGAAAAGGGCAGCUAUGGGCUCAUUUAACACAGCUCGGGCUUUAGAAAAGGCUAACCAGGAUUGAGCACAGCUGUAUGGGAUAUGGACAUGAGGUACCUGCGGCAGUCUUUACCCUCGCAGCUUACUGAGGGGCAAUGUUCUUGGCGUCGGGGUGUGCUACCUGCACCUUGCGAAGGGCGCGUAGGGGAAUGGUCUGGAGCCUCGCAGUCGUUGAUACAUGCGCACACAUGUUAGCGUGGAUGGGCUUUUUACGUGGUGGAAGGCGGGCCGUACCGUGAACUCAAAAAUGGAAGAAGAACUAUAUUAAUUCCAAAUUUUGCCAAAGGCUGUAAUGUGCCAUCUUUC